CUGCUCUACGAACGCCUGAUAAAUAGACAAGACUAAUGACAUACAAGUAUUGGGACAGCUUGUUUUUCUGCAAGCAAAGUGAAUAUUUGUCAGCGGAGGCUCGCUAACGUCCCUGCUGUCCCUAUGAGACACCCGGCAUGGCAGAGAGACAGGACAAUGAGGUGGAGGAGGCUGACCAAAUCUACCUGCUGAUGAAGGAGGAGUAUCGGAUCUCUAGGAAUGUGCGUCUGGCAUGGUUCCUUGGUAAACUUAACCAAAUCAUCUGGCCAGCAUCAAAGCCUGAACUGCUGAACUCAGAGAAUGAAUUGGACUUGCUGAGUAUCUUACCUAAAGGAUGGCAGGCAGAUUUCUCCCCCACCAUGCACCCAUACAAGUUGAUGCCGUCCACUCGAGCCACCUUCCUGGCCAGGAGGUACCGCUUCAUCAUCGAGCUGGACCUUAGCCCCUCCACAGGGAUCGUGGAUGACAGCACAGGAGAGAUGAUCUUUGAUGAGGUGUUUCAUGCUCUGUCGAGGUGUCUGGCCGGUCUCGCUCAACCAUUCAAAGUUCCCGGAACUGAUCAACUUUUGAAGCCUAAGAUCUUCAUCACCAUCCUGGCGUAUUCAUCAAUUAUUGGCCUCACUUCCCAUCAGGUUUUGGUCCAGGGCUGUCAGCUUGAUAGAACAGACCUUGUAGAGUUCCUACAUCACAUCUAUCAGCAGCUCCGAGCAGUGGAGAGUAACAUCGCAGAAGUGCUACAUCAGCAGCAUGAACAGUCUGUGGAUUCUGUCCAAAGCUCAGGCCUCCAUAGCAGCAUCCUGGAUGAGCAGUCCCACAGGAAGCAAGGCGUCUCCAUGGUGUCAGCUGAUAUGUGUCUGGUCAGCAUGGUCCGCCAGGGCAUCCUGGCCCUUCAGCUGCUGCCUCCCAACUCCAGUGCUGGUAUCAUUAUAAUCACAGAUGGAGUGACAAGUGUUCCUGAUGUGGCUGUGUGUGAGACCCUCCUGAACCAGCUCAGGAGUGGAACCAUCGCCUGCUCUUUUGUGCAGGUUGGCGGUGCGUACUCCUAUGACUGCAGCUUUGGUUACAUCCCCAAUGUGGAGCUGAUGAAGUUCAUCUCAUUAGCCACCUUUGGAUCAUACCUGCCAAGCUGUCCGGACGUGGACCUCAACAGCCAGGAGAUGAAUACCUACCAAAAGGCCUUCUUAACCUACUCCUUCCUGAACAUCCCCGAGUCUCUCAACUCUGAGUACUUUUGCGUUUCCCAGCACAAACUGUUCAACGAGCACCUGGUGUCGUCCAGUGGUAACCCUGCCCUGGUCAUGAGGAGGAAGAAGCAUGCAGAGAAGGAAGUCCAUGCUCAUUUAAUCAGCGUGGUGUCUGUGCGACUGAGAGAGGGCUACACCAUCAGAGAGAUCAGCCUCACCAAAGGUGGGACUCAGCUGGAGGUGAAGCUAGUGCUGUUAUGGAAACACAACAUGCACAUUGAGUACCUGGCAGCCGCCUCGUGGCCUCUCGACCCUGACAAGAGAACCACCAGAGUGGAGGUGACAAUGGAGGGAAGCUAUGACAUCCUUCAUGACAUCAGCUGCACCCAGAGGAAACCCAUCACCAGCCCGUACCGCACAUCCGUCAUCCGGCGCUUCUGGAACACACUGCAGAGCAUCAACCAGACUGAUCAGAUGCUGGUGCACCUCCAGUCUUUUAAUUCAAUUCCUGAGAACUACAUGAUUCCUGAGAGCACUAAAAAUGGAGUUCCUCUAUUCUACAUCCCGCCCGGCUCCACUACUCCGGUCCUGUCCUUGCAGCACAGCGGAUCCAAAGACUCCUCUCAGUCCCAGUUUGCUUCCUAUUGGAAGCCCAUCCUCUCCAUGGACGCCAACUUCUGGCAGAGAUGGCUGCACAUGCACCGCAUUGCUAUCAUCCUUGAACAUGACAUGCCUGUCCCCAAACACCUGCACACAGCUGGAAACAACGGGCGCUACAGCACCAUUCAGUGUCGGAUCUCCCACUCUGCCCUCACGUCACUGCUGAGGGACUGGAGCAGCUUUGUAUUGGUGGAGGGAUACUCGUACGUGAAACUCAUCUACAGCUCGUUGGACCAGCCCCCCACCUCCUUCUACCUGGUCCGUCUCAUCUCCAAGACUCCCUGCAUGGUUCUCCGUCUAGGCUUCCCUAUUGGGACACCAGCACAUGUUAGAAACAAGAUUGUAGAUGAGCUGCGAGAGCAGAUCCUCAAACUUCGCUUCCCUCAUCGUGUUCAGAGCAAAGAGGCCACACCCAAGACCAAGAGGAAGGUUGUUGGCCAUCCUUCACCAUCCAAAUCCCCCUCUAUCCCUGCUCCCAAACCUGCUCUGUCAGACAGACCCUGUGUGGUAGUGCUCUACAAGCCUCUGGAGAAGCUGCUCAUAAGGUACGAGAAGCUCCCGUUGGACUUCAGAACUCCUUUCAUUUUCAACAUGGAGAACUUUCCUCAGCCCUCAAACAGUUCAGUCCCCCUCAGCAUGGCAGCCAACCGAAUGGCCUCCUCCACCCUGGCCUCCCUGUCCCGGUACUUCCUGCACCAGCGCUGGGUGUGGGCCGUGCACAGCAGCCAAGGACCAGCUGUGGCCAUGCAGGCCGUUGCUCACAUCCUGUCCAUGCUCUCUGAGAUCCGCAUAUCAGAAGGCUUUCACUUUGCUGCCAGUGGAGAGGGCAUUGUUAACAUGGUGAUCGAGCUGCCCAUGAAGGGCAUGUCAGGGGACACACACAGAGAGAGUCACUCCUGUAUCGUUCAAUACAUCCUGUUUCCACCUCACUCCACAUCUACCAAGGACAGCUUCUCCACUGAUGAUGACAAUGACACAGAGGUGGAGGCUGUAGACGUGGACACAGAGCUGAACCUGGUGACGGAGUGCUGGGUAGAACCACAGAGCGGCAUAGUCAUGAACUGCAUGGACCAGCAUCGCCACUUUCAGGGCCUCAAGUACCAGGAGAUCCCUCAAGCAAUCUAUCCAAGGGACCUGGCCUGUAUGUCCACCAUGAUGACCUUUGAGUAUCUGAGUCAACUGUGUCAGAAUAAGGACCAGGUCUGCUCACUGCCAGCUGUACUCAAGGAUGUGAGAGGAGAAGCCCCGCCCUCUGAAGACAGCAUUCACAUGGUUCCUUUCCAGUUUGACCUCAUUCAGCUGCUCCCCAAAUGCCAGCAGGUGGAGAUCUUCUUCCUCACAUUCAGUGCAGCAGCGGAGAGUGACGAGCAGAUGCACAGCUCACCCUGUCUGCCCAAUGAGCUGCUGCUCAGUCUCUUCCACAGCAGCCUGGAGCACGAGCUCAGUGACCGAGAGAUUCCCUUAGCUGACAGCGACCACGCAACCUUCAUGCACCAUAUCAUAGAGCGAGAUCGAGACGGUCACGUUGCUCCUUUCACCUUACCUGUGAUUAAAGAGGAGUGUGUAAAGCCUCCAGACAGACAGGACACCAUGACGUCCUUCCAUACCACUGGAAGCAGCAAAGAGGUGAUGGGAUCUUCCAGCACUUUACAGAGUUUCAGUAAUGCCGACCUUGUGGAUGAAGAACCCUCGCUAGGGGAGAGGAGCAGCUCCAUGCCACAGUGGAGGUGCUAUGCCAAGUACAUCAGCUCCCAGCAGAUUCUCCUCACCUUCCUACCUGCUUCCUUCACAGAUGUUCUGAUGUUGAUGGCGUCAGGGCUGGACACAGAGCCUCAGAGCAAUGUUAGCACGCAGGAGGAUGACACUCUGACUCCCAGCAACAAAUCACAGGCUGACUCCCUGUCUGGCUCCAUCAGUGGGCUGGAGAGGUCUGAGUCAGGCCUCAGUCUGGCCAGUAAAUUGCGGAGGAGCUCCAGCAGCGGACACUUCACCACCAGGUCCCCUAUGCUCUCACCACAGUCCGAGGACCACACUGGAGCGACUGAUUCCCUGACUCUGGACCAGCACAGCUGGGACAGCAGAGUGUCAGAGACAGAGACUGGGACCUCAGGCUCAGAUGUGGGAGAAAAAGAAGGAGUCCAAUUCUCUGAACCACAGAAGGCAGAUUUACACAUCAGCUUCAUCAGGCAGGUCUCCCAGCAGAGUGCCAGUGACAACAGUCAAUUAAAGUGUCCAGUCUAUGUCUACAACUGCUCUCUGGAGCAACUCAAGGAGCAGCUGGUACAUUCCAACUCCAGCCGCCAGCCCAAGGAUAUCUUCUUCAGAGCUCAAGAUGCUGAGUCCUGGGAGAUGAGUCAGCAGAUGACGUUCAGGUCACUGUCUCAGGAACGCAGCAGUCCAUCCCCGUGGUCUGACCUCCUGGCUCAGCCUCACAAACACAAGGAACUGACCAACUACUGCAGCCUGCUGCAAGAGCACUAUCACCAGAGCUACGUCAAAGGUGUGUACCGCAGCCUGCAGCAGUCCUACAACAUCAGCUCCCAGGAUGUCCUGAUGGCCAUGGACUACUGUGAGGAAUCCCUGCAGGAGAUCGACGUCACUUCCUUCCUGCAGACUCUCUGUGGACACAUUAGAGUCUUCAGGGAGCAUGGUGGAACUCCAGGAUGGGGAGGGAAUCCUAAACCCUUAAAGAGCCCUCCCACCUUUAUCAUCGGAGAGGUUGAGGAGGACCGACCUGAUGACAGAGCUGCCGUGGCCUCCUCGUCCAGUGAGGUGGAAAUGGAGGAUGCCAUUGAAGCUGAAUCCAGAGGGAAGUCCUCUGCUCCCACAUCUCCACUGAUCCUGGAGGAGUCCAAGACAACUACAAUCACAGAGUUCCCUCUGACACUUCUUCAAACCCAGCCCAAGUGUGAAAUGUAUCCAGAUCUGCACAACAUCAUCCAGGAUAAAUUCAUGGGGAUUGUGUCUCAGUAUUUCAAACCUGUGGCCUCCAAUCCACACUACUACUUCUACUGCCCACCCUCAUGCAAGAAAGAGGAGGACUCUGAGGCCGACGUGCGAGGGAGGAGGCCGAGUGAGGAGCUGGUGUCAGAAGCUGAGCCAGCUACAGAGGAUGAAAACGUGUCAGGCUGCUGCAUCAUGACAGAGAGCGACACAGAUUUGGUGGUGGAGUACGAGGAGCACCCAGGCACAAAUUCCCAUGGAGAGGGUGAUGACCAGUCCCUGUCAGACUCGAACACUGUCAACCAGGACCAGGACUCCUUUAGCAUUCUGGAUGGGGACUCCCUGCUGGAUCCUGAGGGGCCACAGCUGGACAUGCCGCCGCUGUUUGUUCAUGUUACGUGUUCCGUCAAUAUGAAAAGCUGCCAUGGGUCCAUGCCCAUACAAACACUGCCUACCUGCCUCGGUGAGAUUAUUUCGUGCCUGGAGAAUGCUGAGGCCUUACGCUCCGUGGAUUUGAAUGAGCUCUCAGUCACAUUAGAUAUUUUUGUCCUGACACUACCUCUUGAGAUUGAAGUCAUGGCUGAUUUCCAUCACAACAGGUACGCCUCAGAGAGCAGUGUGUCCCUGAAUCGUUCACCAGGACAGCCCUCGUCCUAUCGCUCUGAUGAGGAGCUGAUGGCAGUGUUGGACAAUCUCAGGGGAGCUGGUGUUGAUGGGGUCUCUGGGGAUCCCUUAUCCAAACUUCCAGUUCUUCACAAGUUAGCAAUUCUGGCCACAAUUGACAAGAUCCGCUGGCUGCUGGAGGAUGAGAUUGUGUCCGCUCUGCGUCACUCUCGGGUCAUCAGCUCGGCCACACUGCAGAAAGUAGCAGAGCAUGUUUUGCGUUCCAGCGGUCGACAGCACUGUCACUGUGAAGAUGUCCCACUUCAGUUUGUCUUCAGGCCAGAGCAGUCUCUGGAAAAAUUCAAAGAGGAGUUCCGCAGAAUCUCUUUCUCUGGCUACGUGUUGAAUGGAGAGCAGGACAGCUUCUACUACAUGUCCCUAAGCAGACUGCACCCUCAUAGGAUCCACGCCACCAAGAGGCUGUCUGAGAGCACCGCAAACCCCCCACAACACCCAGCCUUCUGCAGUACUGGAGCACAGGUGGAGGAGGUGAUGCUGGAGAGUGAAGCAGAGACUCAGAUUGACGACAAGAAGUCCAUCAGUGUUGCUGCUGACCCUCCCAGUGACACAGCUACAGAGGCCAGUGAGCAUGUCAGCAGCUUGAAGCCUGAGGCAGAGGACACUGUCUCUCAGAGCUCAGUUAGCAUGGCGGGGGGCAGAGGUCAGCCCAGUAACCCCCAGCUCCACACUGAGCGCUGCACAGAGCCCACCUCACCUCCGAAGAUGCUGUCCAGUGUCAGCCUGGCCGAGUCCAUGCAGUCAGCCUCUCACGGCUGUGGCAAACUCAGGCCGAGUCGAGUCCAGAGCGUGGUCUCCAGCCAGGGCAGUCUGGACUCAGACAUGCAGGGUUAUGAUGGCGGCAGCAGUGACUCUGACUGUGAGAGCCCCACCCUGGAUGAACAGGAGUGUCAGUCACCACUGAUGCCAGAUUUCUGGCUGAUUGUCAAGAUCCACCAGGAUAGAGUGAAGGUCUACUCCCAUUCCAGGUGCUUUACAGAAGGCAAAGAGGUGAGUGUUGAGGAGCUGGAGAAGAAAGAAGAAGAUCAGGAGCUGCCUGAGUACUUACACUUGCAUCAGAUGGUGGUUAGGAAGAUCGGUGAAAUCUGCAGAAUAGUCAAUCAGCGCAUGCUGCUGCAGGACCUACAUGACAGCCAUGUUUGUAACUCUCUGCUGGUGGCUGAGAGUGAGGAAGACAUAUGGAAGAACGAGUCUCUGUACAGGCAGAGGCUCAACACCUCUGAUGAUUACAGUACAGAGGAGAGCUACCAGGCCAGAGACUAUCUGGCAGCCACCAUGCAGUUCAUCCCUGGACACUUUGCCUGUGAUGUGGUGUGGAGCACCGUCAUCCACAUUCACCCCCGCCUCAAGAUGGGACCCAACAUGGGGGUGUCCAGGGCGAUCCAGGCCCUGCGCUCUGUGCUCAACUCUUUCUGUGUGGUCAACAGGAAGAACAUGUUUGUCUACCAGGAGCGUACAACCAAAUCAGUCUUCUACCUCAGACUUUGUGAAACAUCACUGACAGGGAAAUACUCGGAUGGGGAUGGAAACCUUCACAUGACUCGCUCUAUUGGGCUUGCCAGGAGUCAAGAGCCCCUGCUCUCUGAUGAACUCAUGGGCUCCAGGUCUUCUCUGGACAGCUCUCGGCCAGUUGGACAAGUUGACAAACACAUCCUGCUGCUGGUGCAUGGCGUGGGAAAUGCAGGUCAAGAGAUCACGGAUGAGCUGGUCAAGGUACUGCGCAAGCGCCUGGAUGAGACCACAUUGGACAUCAUCACUGUCAUGCUUGUGAGAAACUGCAAGCUGACCCCUGCUGAUGUUGAGUUCAUCCAGCCAUCCGGAUCUUUGGCCACUGAGGUGAUGAACUUCAGCCUUCCUCAGUACUGUCUCCCCUGGCUGCCAGCUGUGGCUCACUACCUCAGACAGAACCUCCUCAUCUUCCUGCAUGUCCCCAAGUACACCGACAGCAACACAGCACACCACUUCAAGCACUACUGUCAUCUGAGCAGUGACUUAGCCGAAGGUGACAUCUACCUCUACAAUAAACCUGGAGGCCAGGGGACUGGAGGCAAAGGUAAUCACAUCCCCCACCAGGCCUCAGUCCAUGUGUGUGUGUGUGUGCGCGCGUGUGAUUAUUACAUACAAUCUGAGUUACAUCUGCAUUACUAGUCUAAUACUAAGGACUGUGACUAAGACCUCUGGAAGAUCAGAAACCAAUCAGCUCACAGAUUUCACAUCCUUGUUAGUGCUGAAAAGAUUAGUCAACAAAUCAUUUUUAUACAUAAAUAUCCUCAGGGACCCACAAACUGCCACAGCACUACUGAAACUUUACCACCUAUUCACACACUCUCAUUUUUAUUCCUACUUCUCUUAAACUUAAAAGGGGAAACAGACUGCAAUACAAGACCCACACAAGCUGCAGAAAAAAAAUACUUAAAAGCAUGUUGAACCUCUGUAGUUUUUUGUUUUGCUUUACCUCAGUGUUUCUCUAACGUGUUUAAUUUGUUGAAUUGUUUGCCGCACAGUUUGGCUUUUUGUUGUCCUCUUUUCUGCCAGAUGCUGAGAAUUAUUCUUGUCCACCUGUUGUUUUCUAAAUGCUAACUUU